UACUUGCACACCGCCAGCCAUCGCACCCGCAAUCAGACCAACAGCCGCCAUGGACGCCUCAACCUCGUCGUCGUCCGGCUUCUCUACCGCCGCGUCCUCGGCGCACCCGCGGCGGCGCCUGAUACGACGCGAUGCGAUACAACGUGACGAUGUCUUGUUUUCUUGUUCAAAAAUUUUUUUGGGAGACUGGGUUCUACCAACGUACCUUAUCCUACUUGCCUUACCUAUUUACCUAUCAUCUAUCGGUCUAGCCAGUCUUUGUGUAAUGGGUGUGUUGUGUCCUCCCCACUAUAGCGAGACGGGGAAAAAGAGAGAAAAACGCAGGGAGGACGGGAGAGAAAACGGUCAUGUCAUGUUGUAAUUCUUAUACCCUCCAACUCAACUCACGCCAACUUCUAUAUACGUUAUAUCGAUUUAUCACACGUUGUUCCUCAUUUUUCGCGGCCGUGUUUUCUUACACACCUCUACUGAUAUUACUGCUGCUACCAACUCGUCACACUCCUCUCUCUCCCGCGUCUUCUCCUCUCCCCUCUCCCCCCUCUCUCUUACCACCCCACGCUAUCCCCUCCGGUCUGGUCACACACACACACAUAAUGAUACGAUGGCGGACCACGAAAUCGCGAUCGCGGGCUACCCGCGCAAACCCCGGGUCCGUACUCCAACAGACCUCCGAAUUUCUCAUCCCUCCCCCCACACACACUUCUUGUGAGCCUGGGGCGAAUCUACCACCCGACUUCUACGGUACUUCCGCCUACCUCUUCUUCCCCCCUCUUCCCCUCUCUCGACACCACCAGUGCUCGGCUCAUCUAGAGAGUUCGGGGCGAGGGGGGCCGGGGGCGACGGUAGCAUCAUCGACACAGCAUCAACCUACGAAUCCACCGACGGGCCACAUGAAAAUACGGAGACAUCGAUCUGGACACGCCAGGGAAGCAUGUGAGACGGGUGUGGGGGUAGGAAAGCGUACGGAUGACGACGGCGACAGCAACAGCGACAACCAUGACGGACGUUUGAGUCUUCCUCCCUCUGGCCCUUGUCCCUUGCCAUCUAGUUGCCGGCCAUGGUUGGGGACUCAUCCCCAUAACCACCCUCCGUUCCAUUUCCUUCGCCUUCCCCACCUACCAUGGUGUCACCUCCACUACCGCGAAACGCGAACCAUUGCCUACCUGUACUGGGGCGUCUUCCCCUCCCUCCAUCCCCCCCUUACCGCACCCUCCCGGUAUGAUGUCGCGCCAUUGUCAAGAGGGGGGAUAGAGGCAAAGGCAACGAACAGGACUGCGUACGCUUAACCAGCCGUCCCUCGGUCCAAACAGGGGACUGCUAUUCGGAAAUCAAUCCUAGCGUUCCGCUAGUCUCGACUUGCCUACCUCCACGACUCGUCGCCAAGUCUACCCACCUCUCUCCUCGUUGCUGCCAGCGGUGUGUGCAGGCGCCGCGUCGCAUCGUCUACUACAGCCAAGGCAAGGGGGGGACGGGCCGCCUACCGGAGCCCGCCUAACCCUGCCUACAUAUACCUACAUAUCCAUCUAUCCACCCGUCC